AUGAAGAAAGCGUAUCUAAAUGAAAACAUCGCAUUGGCGAAUGGGCAGUGUUGCUGUGACGAGAAAAUUGAGAAUUAUAAUUUGAAACUUUCUAUUCUCAGGCAUUUAAGCAUAGAAUUCUUGGGAAUGCCACAGUAUUCGCGGAAAAAAUUACUCGAAUCACCACGCGCAGCACGUAUUCUGUUUGUAUGUAACGAUGCGAUGAUAGUGAUCGUUCACUUUGCGAGGAGUUCGAAUCGUGUGAUAACUCUUGUGGACAGUUCAACAUUAGAAGUGAAGCAUACACAUCAGUUCGACACUUCACCACAGCCACUCAUACCACAUUACGACUUCGAUUCGUCGGUGUUGUUCCUGACGAGUAAGGGAGAUCGAUUUAUCAACAUGUUCGAGGUAAUACCGACGGAUCCUUAUUUGCUGCCCAUGGCAUCAGCAUCUUUCCCGAACGGUCAUCAAGCGAUAUCGUUGCAUCCUAAAAUUGUUUGUGAUGUUAAAGCUGUUGAAUUUCAACGUGGUUGGCGCUUAACUGAAAAAUCAAUGGAAAGAAUUUCAUUUCGAGUUCCACGUGUUAAGAAAGAUCUCUUCCAAAGCGACAUAUUCCCGAGGGCGUUAGCAACCUGGAUACCCGUAAUGUCUGCGUCGAAUUGGUUCGAUGGGAAUUACCAACCUCGCCUGUUCGUUGAUCUGUGUCCAGAAGACAUGCAGCCAUAUAUUGCCUCACCUCAACCUGCAGUAAGACGCAGUAUAUUACAACCUCAACCUCGGUCUCAGUCGCAUACGCAUCCGCAGCAACAGUUAAUAAGCGAUGGCAAUGCUAAAUCACCAACAGCACCAAAUGGCUUUGCAUCAACAGUUCCUCAGACGCCUUCAGAUAUUGGUGAAUGUCGAGCGGAAGCUUUGAGAGGUGCAGUGGACCCAAAUGAGCGCAAGAUAGUGGAAAUGAGUUGGUCGAAUAGAAUUGGUGUUGAUCUGACGUUGGAACAGGACAGAAUGCAGGGAGUUGACGAGGAGGAGUGGUACGAGGAUUUAUAG